AUGGGACGACAGGGUGUCUAUAUUGUUUCUGGUGUCGGCCAUUUUAUCGAGUUUCAUAAAGCCGAGGACGACGGGGCUCUGCCGCCGCACGUCUCGCGCCAAAACUUGGUGAAGAUUUUUGAUGAUGGGUGCGAGGUCAGGCAGAUUCUUGCAGUCGGCAAGAAAUCCGACCCGAUAUUGGUCGUCGUCUCUCGUCAUUUGAAGUAUGUCGUGCUUCGUAAACUGCAGCUGUUUAUUGACAAUCUAGGAGGUGGCCAUCCAGUAAUUCCGUGCACGGAAGUUGUCGAUUGGGUGCCGGCUUUGGCGGGAUACUAUGAUCCACCAGUCAAUGCACGCUUUGAAAUUGCUGGUGAUCAGCUGCUGCUCAGCGGCCCCGCGACCUUCCGCAUCAAAAAAUUUCUUGACGCUACGCCGCCCCAACAGUCCACGCCGAAAAACUUUCCCUGGAAGCCGGACCAGUUACUGCUCGCCACAACGGAGACCCUUGUAUAUAUCAAUGUGGAAAACGGAAAGAUGUGCGAAGCAAAAAUCUACGAUGCGGAGGGCGAUGCUCGGACACCGAAUCGUCAUCUCAGCUACGCCACCGGAAAUGAUUCGCUUAACGCAGGAUACUACGUCAGUGUAAAUGAUACCGUCUUACAUUACGUCGUAAAAUCUGAUAAAUUAACUCUGGCGCGGAUGCUGACACCAGCGGUCGGGCGCAUCCACUCCAUGGAGUGUCGAUCACACAUUGCUAAGCCAAUUGGCGGGACUUAUGGUGGAUUGGGCUUGAUAAAGCCAAGCAAACAUCGUGUUGACGAUAUGUUUGGAUAUGAGCUGGUGAAUCCGGCAAAAGCAAAAUUUGAUUUACUGGUCCAAGACCUCCCGCACCCGUGCCCGUUCACCGGCUUUAUGGAAGGUGCCGACACAUUUGUCGCCGUUGUGAGAGUGCUGCAUAUCGGGGCGCUACUCCCAAAACUGGUGCCAGACAAUGAAUUACCCUACAGCUUAGAGCCCAUAGAUGAUCCCGCUAUAGUUUACGAACCCGGUUGGACGUAUAGCAUGCCGGCCGUGCACUAUUUCGACGAGGUGAAACCGGUUGCCGGCCUGCCGAACAUUUCCCCUCAUCAAACCCAUGAGGCUCUCUACAAGUACCCAUCAAUCUUCGCCAGACGACACGACGUCUCUGGAUAUGUAUUAAAGCAUUGGGACCUGAUCCCGAAUCAAGCCCUUGAAACGCAAAUCCGCCUCCCCACAACCACCAUCGUAAAACGAAAACAUGAGAAUGACCACGUGGUCCGAUUGAUAAAGGCCGGAACUCGAACCACGGAAACUGUACAGUGCGUCCUGGUUGCUUGGGGCCAUGGCAUUUUCUGUUGGGAACUUGGUGGAAAGAAAAAGGUCGAUUUCAUACGAACGCUGACAUUCUGCGGCCGCGAAACGAGCCAUAGUAGACACUCCAAUGUCGUGGAUUUAUGUUACAACCCUCUUAACCAGGUGCUGACGCUAUUGCUUGAAACUCUGGUGAAUGCUGGCCACCACACAUUUGCCAUGGAAUACUACGACGGCGCUUUCAUUAAGCCAUAUAUUGUGCCAGUCAAUGGUAGACCUGCAAUAAGGACGCUGCUCGUGCUCGUCUCGAGCGAAGGCUUCGAAUGGCUAGAUCUCCAUAUUCAUGGCUCCCACUACCGAGGGAACUACUUUCCCGCAGUUGAUGUCACCGCCAGAGUUACAUUUGACCGCGUGGCUUGCUGGUGCGAAAAACUUCAGCAAGACGGACAAACGGAUUACUAUCACGGCGUCCUCAUCUUCGCGUUCGAAAAAGGAGAGUUCAGCAUCAAGAACAUGCACGAUAACAAAAUAUCUUUGCCCGGCAAUCACAAGCAUGCUAGAACCCAGAUCCAAUUUGAUUGUGGGAUACUACCGGCACUGGGAAUUUUCCAGGAAUGCCGAGAUCCGGUGACCAACGAGCGGCAACAGUUCGCUGCAUGGUGGGACUUAUCUGACGAUGGCCGGUCGUCGUUCGGGAAAGCUAGCUGGGUCUGCCCACUUCCCUCUGGGUCAGCUGCCAGAGAUGUCAACGCUCAUUUCCUCUAUCAACGUCCAGCUGAAUACUGUUGGGUGUCACUGCGAAAUCAUUACGCUUUUCGA